AUGACUGAGACUACAAGAAUUAAAGAGCCAUCCCUCUCGGGCUUCAUUUUGGGCCAGUCCUUCUUUCCCGUCCCCUCUUGUACUCCCCUCGCGCCUGCAAGACAAGCGCACAAAUUGUCCAUACCAUUCAUUACCAUGCCGAAAUCCGACAGCCCAAUCCCUUCUAUUGAGUCUAGGAGCACUUCAUUCGCCAAUUGUCUGCCUCGGUGCUCUCAAAUCAAGUGUCCCAAUGGCUCUCUUCAAGUUGUCCUUGCCCUAGCGAUACUCAACUUGUCCCAUCAUUCGGGUCCACCGUCCCCACCAUAUCGAGUCUAUCGUCUCCUCCGUCUCCUCCGCCUUCUCUCUUAG